AUGGCUAAAAGAGGUCCAGAUGAGUCGCAUGAAAGUGUGAAGAGUGUUCAAUCUGAAGGAAAUGGUUCCUCGGUCAAUAAGCGUUACCUUUUGUUCAAGAUUGACCUUUUCGUUCUUUCAUUUGUAUGCCUACAAUACUGGAUCAACUAUGUGGAUCGUGUUGGAUUUACCAAUGCAUAUAUUUCAGGAAUGCAGGAAGCGCUGCAAUUGAAAGAUGACGAUUUGAACGUUACUAAUACAUGCUUCACAGUUGGAUACAUCAUCGGUAUGCUACCCAACAAUCUUUUACUGCUAGUGAUACCGCCGCGAAUUUGGUUAAGUUUCUGUACAUUAAGUUGGGGGAUUCUGACAUUGGGUAUGUCACAAGUGCAUACCUUUGGACAGUGUUGUGCUAUUAGGUUUUUUCAAGCCCUUUUCGAAAGUUGUACCUUUUCCGGUACGCAUUUAAUUUUGGGAUCUUGGUAUAAAGAGAGUGAAUUACCAAUUCGAAGUGCCAUUUUCACUAGUUCGGGUCUAAUAGGGUCGAUGUUUAGUGGUUUUAUGCAAGUUAAAAUUUAUAACGAUUUAAACGGUCGUUAUGGUAUGUCAGGUUGGAGAUGGUUGUUCGUUAUUGACUUUUGCAUUACAUGCCCCAUUGCACUCUAUGGAUUAAUAUUUUUCCCUGGAGUCCCUGAAAAGACAACUGAUGGUAAAAAUUGGUUAAGUAUGAAGACAAUAAUAUUUACAGAUCAGGAAUUACAAUAUGCCAGAAGACGACUACCUGCAAGGGAUGAAAGUCUAAAACUAGACUGGUCUGUGAUUCCUCGUGUGCUUAAGAAAUGGCAUUGGUACCUUUUCUCAUUAGUUUGGGUUCUUGGUGGUGAAAACUUAAGUUUUGCAUCAAAUUCGACAUUCGCCCUAUGGCUACACAAUCAGGGUUAUUCGCUUUCGCAUAGAAAUAACUAUCCUUCGGGGAUUUUCGCAGUUGGUGUCUUAUCUACGCUGUUAGCUGCAGUUUAUUUAUCCAAAUUCAAAAGGGCUCGCCAUUGGCAUGUGGCCAUUUUCAUCGCUGUGGCCAUGUGUAUAGUGGCCAUUAUGAUCCGCGCUAAUCCGUUAAACCCAAAUGUCAUGUUUACCGCUCAGUAUUUGGGUGGUAUAGGAUACGCAGGUCAAGCUGUAUUCUUUGCAUGGGCAAACGUUGUAUGUCAUGAAGAUUUACAGGAAAGAGCAAUUGUAUUAGCAUCCAUGAAUAUGUUUUCGGGCGCAGUCAAUGCAUGGUGGUCACUGGUAUUUUAUUCUGCAACUACAACGCCUCAUUUUGAAAAAGGAUGUUAUGCAUUAAUGGCGACAGCCAUUGCGAGUGGUAUUGUAUCAGUUCUCAUAAGAAAAUGUCAAAUCAGAGAUUAUGGCAAGAAACAGCAAUUAGCCUAUAUCGAUGCUAAUGACAUAAUUGAAAAUGACGACGAAGACGACGAUGAAGAAGAGCAACAAAUCCAGCAAGUCAAUGUGGUAUGA